AUGGCUCCCCACUUCAUCGACGACAAAACUGAGAUUUGCCUCCCCUUCAUCCUCUCUCAGCUCAAACUCCACCGCGAAGAGUCUCCCGACCGCCCCUUUGUCAUCGGCCUCAACGGUAUUCAGGGCGCCGGCAAGUCGACCCUUGUCAAGGCAUUGAGCAAGGCUCUCGAGAGCCAGCAUGUGCCCACCCUUGUCUGUAGCAUCGAUGAGUUCUAUCUCACUCGCCAGGAUCAGGUUGCCCUCGCUGAAGCUCACCCUGACAAUGCCCUUGUUCAGCAUCGUGGGGAGCCUGGAACUCACGACUUGCCUCUCCUCAAAGCCUUCUUUGAGGCAUUACUAAGAGGAGAGCCUACAAAGCUGCCCAAAUAUGACAAAGCCAUCAAAGGCGGUAAAGGUGACCGCCUCCCAGAGUCUGAAUGGCUUCCUGUGAAUCAGCCAGGCCAGGACAAGAUCCAGGCCAUCAUUUUGGAGGGGUGGUGUGUAGGCUUCCGUCCUCUGACCCGUGAGAAUGUUGAGGCGAGGCUUAACAUGCCCAACCGAACUCUCAAACAACAUAAACUUGAGGACCUUCUAUUCGUAAAUGAGAAGCUCGCCGAGUAUGACUCCGUCACAGAUUCCUUCGACGCAUUCAUUCAAAUCGACGCGGAAGAUCUUGGCUAUGUCUACGGUUGGCGAUUAGAGCAAGAAGACCACUUGCGCGAGGAAAGGGGUGACCCGGAAGCGGGCAUGACAUCUGUGGAGGUGGUCAAAUUCGUUGACGGAUACUAUCCUGCUUAUGAGCUCUAUACUGAUAGGAUGAGAAGAGGAGUUCUGGCCAACCGACCCGGCCGUCAAUUGCGGAUGGUAGUAGGCCGCGACAGAAAAGUAAAACAUGUCCGACGAGUAUAA